GUUCACGUUGUUCUUUCUUGUGUCGUUCUCAAACCCAAAAUGUCCGUACCAGGCAAAGGCGUUCUUCGCAGCGUCAAAAACUAUGCAAAGGGUUAUUCCGACAUGCAGAUCAAGGUCCGUGAGGCCACGUCCAACGAUCCUUGGGGCCCAAGCGGUACUAUCAUGAAUGAAAUUGCCCAAGCUACUUUCAACAAUAAUGAUUUUACGGAAAUCAUGGAUAUGAUUGACAAGCGUUUAAAUGACAAGGGAAAAAACUGGAGACAUGUUUUCAAGUCCUUGACUUUGUUAGACUACUGCUUGCAUGUGGGAUCCGAAAACGUGGUCUCCUAUGCAAAGGAAAAUAUGUAUGUAGUCAAGACAUUGAAGGAGUUCCAACACAUUGACGACAAUGGAAAAGAUGUCGGAGCCAACGUACGACAAAAAGCCAAAGAUAUCACCAAUCUUCUAUCCGACGAAGUCCGACUUCGUGAUGAGCGAAAUCAGCGAGCUCAAAUGCGAGAUAGAAUGGCCGGCGUUGAGAAUAUUAUGGACGAGGUUCGUCGAAAUGAAUCUUCUACGCCAACCUAUGAACGACCUGGUUAUAUGGACGACGAACGGGAUCUUCGACGAGCCUUGGAAGAGAGCAAACGGUUGGCAGAAGAAGAAGAACGAGCUAGACGCAAUGGUGAUGAUGAUCUGUCCAAAGCUUUGCGUGAGAGUGAGAGAGAAGCCAAGGAUAAGGAAUCAAAAGAACGUGAAAGAAUCAAUCGUCAGAACGAAGACGCUUUGUUUGGAGGAAGUGCCGCUCCUCAGCCAGAAACUACUUCCAACACUGCUUUUAGCUCCUUCCCUCAACAGCAGACCUUCGACAGUAACUUUUCACAAUCCGCUAACCCAUAUGUUCAACAACAACAGCAGCAGUGGGUAGGCAAUCAAGCUACUGGACAACUGGAACUUGCUGAUGCCUUCUCCGGCUCUGCUCAAAACAACCACGUCUUCCCCCAGGCCACUGGAUUCCAACAACAGACCAAUCCAUAUCAGCAAACUUCUUAUAACCCUUACCAGCAGCAACAAUUCACUGGUAUGCCACAACAACCUCAAGUCACUGGGUUCGGCCAGCAGCCCAAUCAACAAUUUGAUGUGAGCCAGCAGUACACUGGCAUGCAAUCGUCUUUUCAACAACCGCAACAGACUGGCAUGUCGAGCAAUCCGUUCGGUCAAUUCGGACAAACUAGCAACCAGUUUGGAAGUCAGCAUAGCUUCAAUGACCCCCAGCAAGCGUUCGCCUCGCAGCAGAACACCAGCUUUGGACAGCAAUCCUUUGAUUCUAACAACUCACCGUAUGGAAUGCAAACUUCGACAACUCAACAAAUGUCUACGCCCUCUUUCGCCAGUCAAGGCAUGCAGCCAAAUGCCACUGGACAAAUGGCAUCACCAAGCCAGGGCAGUCCCGCUUCUAGAGCUGCAGAUCAGAAAUAUGCGAAAUUAAAUGCUCUAUUGUCGACAGGGUUCGUUGUUAAUAGAGAGGGAUCAGAUACCUUUGGUAAUACCGGCAACCUUCGUAUUCCAGUUGGCUCUGGAUAUGCCAACUCUAUAAAGUGGGAGCCUGCGAAUCCCGCUGAGCAAAAAAACACAGCCGAUCUUCUUGGAUUGGGUAAUGAUUCGUCUGCUUCAUCCUUCGGCCAACCCGCCAGCCGCAAUCCUUUUGGUCAAUCCAACAACACAACCCAACAAUCUUGGAGCAGUCCACAGUCUGGACAAAAGAGUCUUGUCGAGUUGAUGCAGGAGCAAAAGCAACAGCAAGCUAACUUACAACCCCAAAUGACUGGGUUUGGCGCUAUGCAGCCGCAAGCAACUGGAUUUGGUGGUAUGCAACCUCAAUCCACUGGGUUUGGAGGUAUGCAAUCUACUGGGUUUGGCGGUAUGCAACCUCAAUCCACUGGUUUUGGCGGUAUGCAACCCCAGGCAACUGGCUUUGGCCAACCACAGCAGCAACAUCAACAACAACAACAACAACAACCAUUUAGCCCUCAAAAUGCCUUUUUCUAAUAUCACCGCCUUCCCUUCACCACAUGCAUGGUCUUUAUAUUUAUUAUGUUUUGUAAUGGAUUUUGUAAGGUGUCCCUCCUUCCAGCUUCCAAUGUAACAUGUAUCCAAUACAAGUGUGCUUUUUGAUCACAUGAUAUAUAGAGGCGGCUUGAUGUGUAAGGCUAUCAGCAUUUGACAGCGCUGACUGAACAAAACCAUAGUUUUAUGACCUAUUAUCGAUGAACCAAGUUUUAUUUCCAUUCAUAUCAUUCUUCAGUGCUUUCACUUACGGUAGACGUCGGUUGAUCUGCAACAGUUUUCUAUUUCGGUAUCUCCCCACAUGCUAUUCUUACCUUGGGCCCUGUACGUUAACAAAGACGAUCGCCUCCAUGCACGUUAAGCUAUAUCCCUG